CGUAAGGUGAUGGGGUUUUGGAUGCUUUGACGCCUGCGCGCGACACUCUGGAUGCAAACCGUCGGAAGAGGAUUAGGAAACUGCACCUAAAUCGGCUCCCUCGCCGCACGCCAUCUUGGCUCGACUGACGCCGCGGCACCAGUCUGGUCCGGGCCCCGCUCCCCCGGACCAUUUCGGCUCUGGUCGGACCAGUUUCCUCGGACGGCAUAUGUAGAGGGAGGGGCUUGGCGUUUCUGGAAGUCGGAAGAAACGGCCAGUCGACGCCAGCCAGCAUCCGAAGCCAGCGUUAGGGGGCCGGAGCAAAGCGUCGGCUGUGGUUUUUCUGGGAAUACGGUAUUAUUUUUAAUUUGAAGAAGAAAAAAACAAAGCACAAGCGGUGCAUGUAACAGAGUAGUCUCCGACAUGCACGCGGAGGUCUCCCGUUUGGGUUCGCGGUGCUGAAGCGCAACGCGGCCAGCACACACUGCGUUGUCGGUGGGGAUAAGCCAUCUGUGGUACAACGGUGUGCACAGCGCACUAACGGUUUAUUUCCCAUCGACAGUUCGCUCCCGUUAACCCAGCUAGCCGACCAUUUUUUUUUCAAGCGCUCGGUUAGCUUGCGGUGAAAGCGAGCAUCUCGGUUCUUUGCGGAAAAGCCUCCCGUCUGUCGAUGCCACUGAGGGGAGUCCCGAUACCGGGCGGUACCCAACGGUGAGAGACACAUAGCCCCCGCCCCGAGGCAUGCAAGGAGGGGUGUGCCGCUGCAAACGAGCGAGGAAAUCUCCGCACCCCGGGGUUCGCUCCGUGGGUGCUAUUUAGCUAGCUAGCUCGCUGGCUGGCUAGCCGACCUACCGGGGACUCAACGGAAGGUGGGGCCGCGGAGUGACAGCCCUGGACGACAGCUAAUGUGGCUAGCCGGCUAACUCGGGACUAUUUAGCGGCUACUGAUUUUUUUUCUUCAUUUUCCCCGACACUGACAUUUUUUUAGGGGAGGUGGCGGGGCUUUAAAAUUACCAGGAAUCCCCCCCCAAGAAAUUCGCGUGGGUGGGCAAUCUUGAGGAGAGCAUCCUCGUUUAACCGAAUGACCAUGGCGGACGACGACGUGCUGUUCGAGGAUGUCUACGAGCUGUGCGAGGUGAUUGGCAAGGGCCCCUUCAGCGUGGUCCGGCGCUGCAUCAACAGGGACACGGGCCAGCAGUUCGCCGUUAAGAUCGUCGACGUGGCCAGCUUCACCUCCAGCCCCGGCCUCAGCACAGAAGAUCUGAAGCGAGAGGCCAGUAUCUGCCACAUGCUGAAACACCCUCACAUCGUGGAGCUGCUGGAGACAUACAGCUCCGAUGGCAUGCUCUACAUGGUCUUUGAAUUCAUGGAUGGAGCCGACCUGUGUUUUGAAAUCGUCAAGAGAGCCGACGCCGGGUUUGUGUACAGCGAAGCGGUGGCCAGUCACUACAUGAGGCAGAUUUUGGAGGCUCUGCGCUACUGCCACGACAACAAUGUGAUUCAUCGUGACGUGAAGCCUCAUUGUGUGCUGUUGGCCUCAAAGGAGAACUCUGCUCCUGUCAAGCUGGGGGGCUUUGGAGUGGCAAUACAGCUGGGAGAGUCCGGUUUAGUAGCUGGAGGCCGAGUCGGCACGCCCCACUUCAUGGCCCCCGAGGUGGUCAAGAGGGAGCCGUACGGCAAGCCGGUGGAUGUGUGGGGAUGUGGAGUCAUCCUCUUCAUCCUCCUCUCUGGCUGCCUUCCUUUCUACGGCACCAAGGAACGCUUGUUCGAGGCCAUCAUCAAGGGGAAAUACAAGGUGUGUGUUCUUGUCCAGAUGAACCCCCGCCAGUGGGCCCACAUCUCCGAGAGCGCCAAGGACCUGGUGAGACGCAUGCUGAUGCUGGACCCGGCUGAGAGGAUCACCGUCUACGAGGCCCUCAACCACCCCUGGCUGAAGGAGAGGGACAGGUACGCCUACAAGAUCCACCUCCCCGAAACUGUGGAGCAGCUGAGGAAAUUUAAUGCCAGGAGGAAGCUGAAGGGUGCAGUGCUGGCAGCGGUUUCCAGCCAUAAGUUUAAUUCCUACUACGGUGACCCCCCAGAGGAACUACAUGACUUCUCAGAAGACCCCACCUCCUCAGGACUGCUAGCUGCUGAAACAGGAGCAGUUUCACAGGUUUUGGACAGUCUAGAGGAGAUUCACGCGUUGACAGACUGCAGUGAGAAAGACAUGGACUUUCUCCACAGUGUUUUCCAGGACCAGCACCUCCACACCCUGUUAGAUCUUUAUGACAAAAUCAACACCAGGUCCUCCCCUCAGAUCAGAAACCCUCCAAGUGAUGGAGUGCAGAGAGCCAAAGAGGUACUGGAAACCCUCUCCUGUUACCCAGAGAACAUGGAGGCCAAAGAGCUCAGGCGGAUCCUCACACAGCCACACUUCAUGGCUCUGCUGCAGACCCACGAUGUGGUGGCCCACGAGGUCUACAGCGACGACGCGCUGCGGGUGACUCCCCCGCCCACUUCCCCUUACCUGAACGGAGACUCCCCGGACAGCACCAACGGAGACAUGGACUUGGAGAACGUCACCAGGGUGCGCCUGGUCCAGUUUCAGAAGAACACCGAUGAGCCCAUGGGCAUCACUCUGAAAAUGAACGAACUGAACCACUGUAUUGUGGCCCGAAUCAUGCACGGUGGAAUGAUACAUCGACAAGGGACUCUGCAUGUCGGAGAUGAGAUCCGGGAGAUUAAUGGCAUCAGCGUUGCCAACCAGACGGUAGAACAGCUCCAAAAGAUGCUGAGAGAAAUGAGAGGUAGCAUCACCUUCAAGAUUGUGCCCAGUUACCGGUCCCAGUCCGGGUCCUGUGAUAAAGAGUCACCGGAUGUGUCCCGACAGUCGCCUGCAAACGGUCAUGCCAGCGUAACAAGCUCCAUCCUGGACCUGCCUGCGACGAUCCAGCCCAAAGGCCGGCAGAUCUCCAGACCUGCCAUCAAGGACAAAUUGUCCAUCAAGAUAUACGUUCGCGCUCAGUUUGAGUAUGACCCGGUGAGGGACGACCUCAUCCCAUGUAAGGAGGCGGGCAUUCGCUUCCAAGUGGGCGACAUCAUUCAGAUCAUCUCCAAGGACGACCACAACUGGUGGCAGGGAAAGCUGGAGAACACCAAGAACGCCACAGCGGGCCUCAUCCCCUCACCUGAGCUGCAGGAGUGGCGCGUGGCGUGUAUAGCCAUGGAGAAGACCAAACAGGAGCAGCAGGCCAGCUGUACCUGGUUUGGCAAGAAGAAGAAACAAUACAAAGACAAGUACCUGGCCAAGCACAACGCGGUGUUUGACCAACUAGAUCUGGUGACUUAUGAGGAGGUGGUCCGAGUCCCAUCAUUCAAAAGGAGAACGCUGGUCUUGCUCGGUGCACAUGGAGUUGGACGGAGGCACAUCAAGAACACGCUUAUCACCAAACAUCCCGACCGCUUUGCCUACCCCAUCCCCCACACGACUCGGCCUCCGAAGAAGGACGAGGAGAACGGGAAGAACUACUACUUUGUGUCUCACGACCAGAUGAUGCAGGACAUCAGCAACAACGACUACCUGGAGUACGGCAGCCACGAGGACGCCAUGUACGGAACCAGGCUGGAGACGAUCAGGCAGAUCCACGCACAGGGCAUGGUCUCCAUUUUGGAUGUGGAACCGCAGGCGCUAAAGAUCCUCAGGACAGCGGAUUUUGCUCCCUACGUUGUCUUCAUCGCAGCUCCCACCGUCGCCCCCGGCAUGACCGAGGAUGACUCUCUGCAGCGGCUCCAAAAGGAAUCAGAGAUGCUGCAGGGGACCUACGCCCACUACUUUGACCAGACCAUCAUCAACAACGAGAUUGACGACACCAUCCGACUGCUGGAGGAGGCCGUAGACCUGGUGUCCACCACUUCUCAGUGGGUCCCCGUCUCCUGGGUCUACUGACACGCGCUCAACGGCACCUCGCUCAUCAUCGCUCUGGACGAUCCAUCACUGAUGCAACACGGAUGCUAAACCUGGGUCUUACCCCCGCCCUGCCCGCGAGUCCCACGUCUCAUACCAAGUCACACAUUUCUGUUGUUGAAAAAGAGAAAUGAAGAAACCAAUGACUCACUACAGAGACUUCAUCCUGCCCCGCCCCCUUUUCUCAACAGCGUCAAAGGCACAUUGUUGUGUACAUAUAUACAUAUAUAUAUAUAAAUGAUAAAAAAACAAGGGAAAAUAUUUCUGUCCUAGCUGAAGCGUGGGGAGUGGAGGGGCAAUGUGGUAGAUAUUUUGUACUUUUCUUUUGUAAUCGAUGGAUGGAUGGUAAUAUUGGAAAGGCAAUAGCAAGCAUGACCAUAAAGCAGUCUUACAUGGGUGUGCCUGUAUGAGUGUGUGUGUGUGUGUUAACCUUUUUAAAGGCACUUCUCGUGGUAAUGUCAUGUCCUCCUCUCCAACACCCCCCUAGUCUCCUCGGCCCCUGUGACCUACACGCCGAACUUUAAAGCACAGUAGAAGCUGCUAAAGUGGCAACAAGUGACUCCCUCAGCGCCGAAGGCCAGGUGAGUGUAGCAGAAAGCACAGGAAACUUGGCAGUUUCUCCACCCAAGCCCUUUUUGGUUUAUUUACUGGCCCUCUGUGCCUGUCAGUUUGUUGACGGAGCACACUGCGUCCCUCUACGCUGUGUUGCCGUAGCCUAUUGUACCAUGCUUCCCCUUCAAGCCUCUGAUGGUCCUUGUUUACACCUCAGUUUGCACAAAAUGGACAAUGAAGAAGACACGUUCCGCGUCUCGUCACCUCGCGGUCUACAAUUCACCUCUCUGGCUGUCUCUUCCCCUCUCCCUCCGUACACAAAAUGCCAAUCAGUGGUCAAUGGACCUGGAAUAUCAUUCAUGGGGCACGAUCACAAAGCGCUCGCUUUAAAACCGACCCCGGUAACUGAACUUGAGGACGAAAAACAAACAAAAAGCCUGACUGAAAGGAGGACGAAAUGAACUGCCUUAUCAGAGCCUGGGGGAAGACGUCGGUAACACCUAUGCACACCACCCCUGGUGUCUGCCAGGCAGACCGCCACCACCCGUUUCUUCUCUGCCCACACCGAAAUAGUGAACCAUGCUUGUUAAAAUGAAAGUGUUCAUAAGAGUAUGUGUGGAAGGGAAGGGCCUCGGGUAGGUGGUGACGAAGCCAAUCGUCGAGCCACCAUUUUGGAACUGUUAACUGUUGUCUUUAAAAAAAAUAUAAAGGUAUUCUUGUUUGAGGGAGAGAAAAUAACUAAAUUUUGUGUGUAAAUGUUUCAAUGGUGCGUACGUCAUACGAGUGAAUAACCAAGAGCCAGUGUAUAUUAACCCUUAAAAGAAGCUCAGUAUGUGACAUAACCUCAUGCUUUACCAGAAGGGAGACGACACUUCCCCACCUUCAGUAACUCUGUAAGUAAGCACAUCAGGUGAAGGGUCUCGGACAAAAGAUAAAACUUCAAUUUUUAUUUUUAUUUUUUAAGUCAAUAUUCUCCACUGUGUGGUGUGGAUGCUGUUGCUCCACUUCAAGUAAAGUGUUAUCAUUUCGAGUCCUGUGUAUAUUACCUCUGGCAAAAGCAGCUCUUCUGUAUGAAAUGUUGUUUUUUUGUUAUUUCAUUUAAAAAAAAAAAUUAUAUUUCCUUUUACGUGUUUAAAGUAAA